UUUAACGCCCCCCGCGUGUUUUACGAAUGGAAAAACAUGGUAUAGCUACUUAGCAACAUUUUUUUUUCCCUUAGCAAGACAAUAAACCUAGGUUAAAUUGUUUUUCUUGUGUUCUUGAUUUCCACGUCCACUGUUCAAAUCUCGUCUUACAGGAAAGUCAAAAGAUAUCAUGAGACUUCAGUCAGGAUGCCUGUUCUGUGCAGCAGCUGCUCUGAAAAGCGUGCUGUGCUGAAACGUCCAAAAACCAGUCACUCGCUGUGCAAGGCGUGCUUCUUCUGGGCAUUUGAGGAGGAGGUACAUCAGACCAUUGUGGCAGCAAAGCUCUUCAAACCUGGGGAGACUGUGGGGAUCGCUGCCUCAGGUGGAAAGGAUUCCACGGUGCUCGCACAUGUCAUGAAGCUUCUGAACGAGCGGUACAGCUAUGGACUCGAACUCAUGCUUAUCUCUGUGGAUGAGGGAAUCACUGGUUAUCGAGACGACUCCUUGGAGACAGUGAAGAGAAACCAGCAACAGUACGAACUGCCGCUGAAAAUCGUGUCUUACGAGGAGCUGUACGGCUGGACGAUGGAUGCUAUAGUGCAGCAGGUGGGACUGAAAAACAACUGCACCUUCUGUGGGGUGUUCAGAAGACAGGCGCUGGACAGAGGAGCCAUCAUGCUGAAAGUGGAUAAGAUUUGUACAGGUCACAAUGCCGAUGAUGUGGCAGAAACUGUUUUAAUGAAUGUCUUACGAGGAGACAUAGCUCGUCUGCGUCGCUGCACUGCCAUCUCCACAGCCAGUGAGGGUGACGGGGUCGUGCCUCGCUGCAAGCCCCUCAAAUAUGCCUACGAAAAAGAGAUUGUUCUCUACGCCUAUUUUAAGAAAUUGGACUAUUUUUCUACAGAGUGCAUAUACUCCCCUAAUGCUUAUCGAGGCUAUGCAAGGACCUUUCUCAAGGACCUGGAGAGUAUACGACCCAGCUCUAUAAUGGACAUCAUCCACUCUGGUGAGAACCUCUCUGUGCGUGAGGGGGUGAAGAUGCCUGUCCAGGGAACCUGUAACCGCUGUGGCUACAUCUCCAGCCAGGCGCUCUGCAAGUCCUGCGUGCUGCUGGAGGGGCUGAACCGCGGUCUGCCAAAACUGGGCAUAGGGAAACACCACCGGCUGCACAAAAAGAUUCUCUCCCAGCAGCCUCUCACAGAAAGCGAGGAGAGAAAGAUGAAAUCAGUGGACUUUUGAUGAUGAUAUCAAUCAGUUAUUUAUCUAAAGAUUUAAGAUGAAUUUUUAGGCUGACCAGUAAAGCAACUUUUCAGCAAAAACACAAUGGGGGUAUCAGAUACACUUUUUACUGAUAAAAUUAUGAAAUCAUUUUCUGCUUAUGUCUAAUUGCAGAAAAGGGGUUAUUUAAUUUUUUAAUGAGUCAUCUGUAUUUUCAUUAAGGAAACAAUAUUUUCAAGUCAGUGGGUAUUUGCAUACUUUUGGAAGAUUUCAUACCAACUGUGGUUUAAUCUCAUUUGAUUAAAAUUAAGUUUUUACUUUAUAUUUUACAUUCUAGACAUUUUUGAUGGUGUGAUAGUCACCUUCCAGUGUGUUAUGAGAGGGUGCUAAUCAUCUCGCCAUUUUCGGACCGUUGUGUCCAACUUUUCUCUUCCCCUGGACGUUUGGCACCGACCCGUGUCCAUCUGUCCUCGCUUUGAAAAGUGCCAGUUUAAAUAAUCUGACAUUUGAGCAUUUUUAUGACUAUCACAAGAAAUCAGUGCUUAACCAUAAAGAAAAAUAAGAUGAUAUGCAUUAGUUUAAGUAAAGGUGUGUGAAAUGAAAACACAAGUAUAACAUGAGGGUAUGAAAUGACAACGGGGCAGAUUGACCCAGAGCUAUUUGAUGAACUGCAAUAAAUGCUUUUCUUGA